AUAGCGCUGUUUUUUGUGGUAUGGUCCAGUUGGGACUGAGAACCUGCGGGGUUAAAAUAGGGGGGAAUCGACUUCAUUAUUGAUUAUACCAACUACAUUUCUGAAUGAGUUUACAGUGUCGUGAUUUUUUACGGUGGCUUUUGUUCCGACAUGCGGUUGUAUUUAGACACCGUUUGCCGGGCGGCCUCGUCAGCAAACGAUGACCGCGUUUUUCCUCGUACCCCCGCAGAGAGUCUUGUGUGACCGCUCGUGUUCAUGUCCUGUCAGCCGAGCGAAGCUGUCUGUCUGACUGGAGACCCAAAAUCUCGGUUGCAGAUGGCACGUGGGGUUGAAUUCAGUGUCAAUUUGCUGAGAGAUUGCUGUUGCAGUGCCUCAUUGUUGCAGACAAACAGCUCCCCCCCGGCAUGAGAUUAGUGCAGACCAUACACAUUUAGACAUUUUUCAUAAUGUUAAUUUUUGACAUGAUGCAUCAAGACAUCUAAUGUUUACAUCUGCCAGUCUCAAAUUCAUAUUAAAAUUAAAAACAGCCAUCCUUAUUUUACUUUAUUAUCACCAUGUUGCAUUAUUAUUAUUGUUGAGAUCACCCACAUCCUCUUAUCUGUGUGAAUUACAGGCAUCCUUGGCUCUCUCCAGAGUGAAGUGAUAGGUGACACGCUUGGCCAGAGGCCUGGCACCGUGCUGCCAUGGAGACCAAGCAGGAACCCUCUGCUGUGUGGAGUCAGACUGCUAGCAACGAUUCAGAAAACGGCACACAGGUGCAUUUCGAAGGCGGUACAGUGGCCCAGAUAGUGUACAGUGGAGAUCAGGUGGACCGGGGACAGCAGCAGGUGGUUUACACAGCAGACGGGAACUCCUAUACCUCCGUAGAAUCUGCAGAGCAUACACUGGUAUACAUACACCCUGCAGAUGGCACUCCGACUGUAUUUGCUGAUCAGCCACAAGUGGCUUAUAUUCAGCAGGAUGGUACGACUCAACAGGUCACAGUUUUGCUGCCCAGUGGACAGAACAUGAAUGCUGCUAAUCUGCAUGUUCUCAGUAAUGUAGCAGAGGCUCCCCAAGCUAUCCUGGAGCCAGUUUCCCAGGAGCAGCUGUCUGCUUCCAAUUCACUCGCCUCCAUGGCUGACAUGGCGGACCCCCCCACCAGUCCCCUUGGGGCCACAGACUCAACGGACGAUUCUGACGAGGAUGAGGAUGAAGACUCUGAUAUGGAUGACUGGGAACCUCGUGAGCAUCAAUCAUUCAACCCUCACAGCCUCUGGUGUGAGGAGUGUAAUAAUGCCAACCCCUCUGUGUGUCUGAAACACGGCCCUCUGCACCCCAUCCCCAACCGGCCGGUGAUGUCCAAAGCCCGGGCCAGCCUGCCUCUGGUCCUCUACAUUGAUCGUUUCCUGGGCGGGGUGUUCUCCAAGAGACGCAUCCCAAAGCGCACGCAGUUUGGUCCGGUGGAGGGACCCCUGGUUCCUCAGAGCGAACUGCAGGAACACUACAUUCAUCUGAAGCUGUGCAUGCUGGAUGCAGAGAAAGAUGGAGAAAAGUCCAACGACAUGUGGUUGGACCUUUCUGAUGAGGACAGCUGCAACUGGAUGAUGUUUGUGAGACCUGCUCAGACCCAUCUGGAGCAGAACCUGGUGGCCUAUCAGUACGGCUCAGAGAUAUUUUACACAACCAUCAAGAAUAUCCAACCCAAACAAGAGCUCAGGGUAUGGUAUGCGGCAUCAUAUGCAGAGUUUGUCAAUCAGAAGAUCCACAAUGUUACAGAAGAAGAGAGAAAAGUGCUCCGGGAGCAAGAGAAGAACUGGCCAUGUUACGAGUGUAACCGCCGCUUUGUGAGCUCCGAACAACUGCAGCAACAUCUCAACAUGCAUGAUGACAAGUUAAACUCUGUUACCAGAUCCAGAGGCCGGGGUCGAGGGAGGGGCAGGAGGAGAUUUGGGACAGGAAGAAGACCGGGACGCCCGCCUAAAUUUAUACGACUGGAUCCACCAGUAGACGCUGUUGGGGACAAGACAACGGAGAUGCUUGAGUUGACGGAGAAGCCGCUGGAGGAGCGAGCGGAGGGAGCUCAGAACGGGCUGAAGGUGGUGGAGAUGGAGCCCGAGGUGGAGACUGGGAAUGAGGCAGAGGGCCAGCUUAUACCUCCUGCGGGGGAACCGGUCCCAGAGUCCGUCAGCCCCCCAUCCAACACGGACCUGUCAGUUCCACUUAAGGAGGAUCCGGCACAGAGUAGCCAAUCAGAUGCCCACCUCACAUCUCAGGACAUGCGUCGAGCCAAGAGGAUACGGAAUGCAGCACUGCAGCACCUUUUCAUCAGGAAGAGUUUCCGUCCUUUUAAAUGCACCCACUGUGGCAAGGCUUUCCGGGACAAAGACAAGCUGGAUCAGCACCUGCGGGUCCAUGGGCGAGAUGCCUACACCUUUUCCUGCCACAUUUGCAGCAAGAGCUUUAUGAGUGACUCAGCCCUGGAGGACCAUCUGCUGGUGCACACGGAGAACCGGACCUACUCUUGUCUCUUAUGCCCAGAAACGUUUGAAAAACUGGAAAUGCUCAAAGACCACGUAGGAGUGCAUGCUGUAAAUGGCUGCUUCACCUGUCCUUCCUGCAAGAAGACAUUUACUGACUUCAUCCAGGUGAAGAAGCACAUCCGCUGCUUCCAUUCAGAGAAGGUCUUUCAGUGCCCAGACUGUGAAAAGGCCUUCUGCCGGCCAGACAAGCUGCGUUUGCACAUGUUACGCCACUCUGACCGCAAGGACUUCCUGUGCUCAACAUGUGGCAAACAAUUCAAGAGGAAAGAUAAGCUGCGGGAGCACAUGCAGCGCAUGCACAAUCCUGACAGAGAGGCCAAGAAAGCUGACAGAAUCCAUCGCUCCAAAUCCCUCAAACUGAAGAUGCCCACCACCGACUUUGAGAGCUUCAUGUUCAAAUGCAGAGUGUGCAUGAUGGGAUUCAGACGCAGGGGAAUGCUGGUCAAUCAUUUGUCCAAGCGUCAUCCAGAGAUGCGGAUUGAUGAUGUGCCUGAGCUAACGCUGCCAAUUAUCAAGCCCAACAGGGAUUACUUCUGCCAGUAUUGUGACAAGGUGUAUAAGAGUGCCAGCAAGAGGAAAGCCCACAUACUAAAGAACCACCCCGGGGCAGAAUUGCCUCCUAGCAUACGUAAGUUGCGUCCGGCUGCUCCUGGUGAGCCAGACCCCAUGUUGAGCACACACACCCAGCUGACUGGCACGAUCGCCACUGCACCAGUCUGUUGCCCACACUGUGCCAAACAGUACAGCAGCAAGACUAAGAUGGUUCAGCACAUCAGGAAGAAGCAUCCAGAGUUUGCCCAACUCGCCAACGCCAUCCAGGCUCCUCUGACUACAGCUGUAAUCAGCAGUGCUCCUGCUGUCAUCAGUGCAGACGGUACCACAGCUGAGGCUGUAGUGACCACAGAUUUGCUGACCCAGGCCAUGACGGAGCUUUCUCAAACGCUGACCACAGACUUCCGCGCAGCACAGGGAGACUAUCAGAGGAUCCAGUACAUACCCGUGUCUCAGGCAGGAGGCAGCCUGUCCCAGCCGCAACAUAUUCAGCUGCAGGUGGUGCAGGUGGCUCCGGCUUCCUCCCCACAUUCACAGCACCCGACAGUAGAUGUGAGCCAGCUGCAUGACCCUCAUGGCUACAGCCAGCACUCCAUCCAGGUACAACACAUCCAGGUCAGCGAGCCUUCAGGCACUGGACAAGGUGCCACCCAGGUCACAGGUCAGCCUUUAAGCCCCACCUCCCAACAGCCUGGUCAGGACCUGAGCCCCACCCAGCUGACCCCUGUGACCUUAGCUCAGAGCCACACCUUGCAGACCAGUAGCACCCAGCAGCAGCAGCAGCAGCAGCAGCAGCAGCAGCAGGGGACUGUGCAGCAUGCUUACAUACCUGGGAACUGGAACUACAGAGGCUACUCAUCUGAGAUCCAGAUGAUGGCUCUACCUCAUGCUCAAUAUGUGAUAGCUGAGGCUAGCACACCUGUAUCUGGUGUCAACAGCAACCAGGUGAAAACGACACACUACGUUAUUUCUGAGGGUCAGACUGAGCUGGAGACCAAACAGACUGUUCCUCAGAACACAACCCAGGCACACACUGAACAUCUGGAGCAGCAGCCAACCAAUCAGCAACCCACCACACAGUACAUUAUCACCACAACCACCAAUGGCAGCGGCACUAGUGAAGUUCAUAUCACAAAACCCUGAACUGUACAGAGAUGCAAACCCAGCGGAGACCCAUGGACUGAUCCUGCAUGUAGACCUCAGCAGCUUGUACGCACAUAAACGAACAAACAAAAGUCAUAUGCACAUGGAUACAGACUUAUGUACACACAAAACUAAUGGGUAUAAAUUGAUGACCAGCACAGUUUUAUGUGUCUAUAAAGUCUUAAAAUAUUAAAUAAGCUGGUAAAAUUAAGUUAGUAGAGAGAAAAAUGCAAGGUUUUGAUUUUGAACGGAAUAUUUUAGCAACAAAUAUAAAACUCAACCCUUGUUUUGUAAAGUGUAAUUUUUUUUUCAGAAACAUUUUCAUUGAAAUUGCUUAAAACAGGGGACAUUAUAUCAUUUUACCAAAUAUUGCGAAAGUAUGGAAAAUUAAAGUGAUCAUCUUACUGUGUGAGUUAAGAGUCUGAAGUGGUGGAAACAUUUUGUUGCUCAGUCCUUACGCAGCUUUGAGUGCCCAUUUUACAUAUUUGUAUAGUUACAGAAAGUGUAGUAUUUGUAAACAAAAAGUCUGUAAAGAAAUACAGAACUGAAAAAUAUAUAUAUAUAAAGUUGACCUUCUAAAGGUAAUUACGUUUUUGCCCAAUGUGAGUAUCCAACAACACAAUCUGUUAUAUUGUAUAUUACCAUAUUGUUGAUGAUAUCUGAUGUGAUUUUUCUCCAUUCAUUUCCUUUUUGGGAUGUCUCAGACAUCCGUUUAUGUUUACAUGCGGAAUUUCCCAAGAAUCUUUUUGUCAUUGUCCCAACAACACCUGUGUUUUUAAAGUAACAUUAAGAAAAGCAGACUUAAUCAGUUUCCCGCUCCCUCAAUGCUACCGAGGGCUUUGGUUGUUAAGAAUGUUUUGCUUUUCAGUAGGUUUUACAAGGAUCACACAAAGUACUCAUGGAUACACUCAACCUAAAACUUGGGGAUAAUUUUGUUUUUGACACCAAAAGUUUAUCAUCAAAGAUUUAAUGGCGCCAGAAAUCAAGAGCUACAUCCAGACUGAAAAGAAGUGUUUCACUGCCCUCUCUGGUUGAAAGUUUCAAGUCUGAUGCUAGGUAUGGUUGGAUGUUGUCAGAAAUGUGCUUUGUUUAACCACACCCAGCAACGAUGUCACAGGGUCCUGGAGUUCCCCUGUACAUCACUGCAGCAAGAUGAGACGUUAAACCCCUGGAGGUCAGGAUAAACAACUUUCUGGGGGUGUUAAGUUUCUGUUAAAAAAGAACAAUGUGCAUUUUCAGAGUUUCUUUCUUUCCGUCAUACUUGUUAUUCUGAAGAGAAAAAUAUAAUUUAUAACAUUUGAAACAGCAACCAGCAAACUCUGUCUUAACAGGUGUAGAAACCUUAAUUGUUUUAUAGAGGCUUAGAGCCAAAUACAAAAUGUGUUUUCCUCAGUUACAUACUUGAUGACAAAUGACUAAAGUUCAAAAUAUUUAGUCAUAACAUCACGUGUUACAAUAGAAAUAUUUAGAGAAAACAUCACAGGGUUGCACCUGCUGCGUAGGAGUUUAAUAUGAUGCUGUGUUUAAGUGUGAUAUGGGCUUAUGUCACUGUAUUCAUCUGUUUACUGGCCUACAAAAGAAAUCGCAAGUACUUCAUUUUGGGUUGGUACUUAAAGGGCAGCAUACUCAUUACUCAUUUUUACUAAGGUAAAAACCAGUAAGGGAUGUUGUCAGUCAGCAUGUCUCAUAUUUCCUUCACAGUAAAAGUGAGGACGGAGAACGAAACUCGGUAGGAAGAGUUCAAACCUGUCACCUGUCCUACUGGACACUGUUCAUGAGCAAGGAAUGGCCGGUGCUGAAACUUAUCUUCCAAGUACUUUUGGUAGCUUUUAGAUUUCCGUUAAGUGCUUGUGCUUUGUGUUCCCCAUGAUGACAACAGAGGUUAAUGCACUGAAUUAAGGCCAUUGUAAAACGUUGUUUAGGCGCCCGUUAUUUAUGUUGGUCUAUGACAAUAGAUUUGUACAAUAUAACAUAUAGCAGGAAUAUUAUAAAGGUUCAUGUACAGCGAUUCCUACUGUUGCAAGUGAUUUUGUCCUUUUGUUCAAAUGUUGUGAAAUUAAAUUAUUUUAUAUCUGUA